CACCUUACUCUAUAAUGUACUACCAAUCAUCACUUAAUUCAUCCCCUACUUUGUUUCUAAUCCCUAGAUAGUCUCCAAUUAACGCUAAUUUUGUCUUUAACGACGACAUAAUGACAAUUUCGUCAACAUUAUUACGUGCUUCACUUUCCUUCAUUUUGAUUAAUCUAUUAUCUCUUUAUGGCGUUUUCGCAGACUUAGGUCAUGCUACUUUUUAUGGCGGAGAGGACGCAUCCGGCACAAUGGGGGGAGCUUGUGGAUAUGGAAACUUGUACAGCCAAGGGUACGGGACUAGCACGGCUGCCCUAAGUACCGCGCUAUUUAACAGUGGAUUGAGUUGUGGCUCAUGCUACGAACUUACAUGUAACGGAGACCCUAAAUGGUGUCUCCCAGGGAGCAUUAUUGUGACUGCUACCAAUUUUUGCCCUCCAAAUUAUGCCUUGUCUAAUGACAAUGGUGGAUGGUGCAAUCCCCCUCUUCAACACUUUGAUUUGGCUGAACCUUCUUUCUUGAAAAUUGCCCAAUAUCGCGCUGGAAUUGUUCCCGUUUCUUUCCGAAGGGUACCUUGCGUGAGAACAGGAGGAAUAAGAUUCACAAUCAAUGGACACUCCUACUUCAACUUGGUCCUAAUCACCAAUGUAGCCGGAGCCGGUGACGUGCACGCGGUUUCAAUCAAGGGUUCAAAGACCGGGUGGCAACCCAUGUCUAGGAAUUGGGGUCAAAAUUGGCAAAGCAAUGGUGAUCUCGACGGCCAAAGCCUCUCUUUCCAAGUUACGGCUAGUGACGGGAGAACAAUCACUAGCUACGAUGUUGCUCCUGCUAAUUGGCAAUUUGGCACGUCUUAUGAGGGUGGUCAAUUCUAAAAAAAUAGAAUCAAAUUAAUUAACAAUAUGAUAUUAAGAAAUCGAUGAUAAUUAAAAGGAAAACUCGAGUUAAUUUUAUACAUGUCCAAAUAAAAUUGCCAGACUUGUCAUAUAAGUAUUUUAUGUUAAAAUACGAAUGUGACAAUUAAUCAGGAACAAAGACAAUAAUUGCCGUGGUGUAUAUAGCCACCCGCGAAAAUUCUUGUGACUUUUUCGCUAGUAUUCAACAAUUGAUAGAGGUUUAGGCAAGGUGUUCUUUUUCUUUUUCUUUUUUUUUUUCAAAAAGCUUAUUUUGUGUGAAAGAAACUGAAUUAAUUGGCAUUAACAGCCAAGAUUUUCAAUCAGUUUCAAUGUAUACAUCAUAAUAAAAGCCUUGUAAGUUGUAACUAUGAUUAUCAUGAAUGAACUUGAUUGAGCUUGAUAUUUUUGGAGUUCAAAUCAAAUAACCAACAAUAUCUUUCAUUUUU